CUUUCGGCUUGUGCAAAACCAGAUGAAUUUUCACUGAGAGAAGGCCAUGUACAUUUGCUGACAGGAAAAGGGCAAUUUAAAAAGAUCUGGAAUGAAGGAAACGAUAUUUUAAAAUGCAAGAGAAAGGGGAGGGUGAGGGGAACCUGCUAGAAAUCUGUGAUGCUUUUCAGCUGUGUGAGGCACACCAUAAUUUUUAACAUUUUCUUUCAUGAACGGAGUUGUUCAGUUUGAGUUUCUGUUUCUGAUGUAGGAUAACAGUUUCUUCCAAACGGUUGAGCGCUAAUUCUUGAAGGACUGCUUGUUGUAGUCCUUUCUGCUCUGGGGACCUCAAACAUCUCUCCAGAUGAUGCCAUGAGAAUGCUCAGACCCAGAAAUGAUGGAGACGAAUUGUGUUUCCCCACAGACAAUUCAAGUUUAUCCCUUUAUGUCACACUGAUGAAAAGUAGCCACAGUGACUUCUCCUAUAAUGUGGAAAUGGGGCAAAAUUAAAAACCUGAGGCAGCCAUGGCUUGCCGUCAGAUUCUGCCUGGCCGGAGGUGGUGUCGACUUCGCCCAUUCCUGGCGGUGUUGGUGCUAGCUGCCUAUCUUUUCUACCAGACCCUGACACCUUUAAAGACGAGGAGAUACCUUUCACCAGUUGACAAUGGAGUUCUACCAAACAAAGUGGCCAAAGAGGUGCAGCAUGGGAGGUACAAGGAGAAUUCUGCAAGGCAAAUCCGUUGCUUCCUUCCUUCAAGCAAUCUACAAGUAUGGAAGGAGACUGAGGACUCCAUUUUAAAAUUCUUUAGAAGCCAGGCAAGAGUAGUAAUACUGUACGUCCCCUCUUCUGGCAGUAAACAAGACCUUCAGUUAUAUCAGCACAUCCUUACACAACACAGUUAUACAGUUACAGUCCUUGAAGACAGGAAACUGAGCGGAUAUGAGAUCCCCAAUCCAGAUGAAUUAAGCUCUUGGGAUCUUUUGAUUUGUCUGUCUUCCAACAAAGCUGACCAUGAAAAUUGCUUAAAUAUAGUGGAAUCACAUGGAAAAAUGUUACUGCAGAAGGCAAAUGCUCUCCCCCAAAUACAGCACCUGCUUUGCAGAAAAGAAGGGUUAUGUCAGAUAGUGAGAACAUUUCCAGAUUUGCAUCUUCCCAUUGCUCUUCCUACUUGUCCAGAAUCAAAUAGUGUACCUCUUCAUACCGUGAAGUCCCAAGAUAAUAACGAAAUGACAAGUUUUACACAAAUGUUGUAUCAGCCAAUCAAGAAUGUUCAGCUGCAUCAGUCACCCACUAGAGAUACCUUCAAAAUUCAAGACCUUUCAGUCAUCAUCAAAGUGUACGUGCUAGUGACAUCUUUAACACCUUUGCGGGCAUUCAUUUAUUCAACUGCUAUUGUAUGGUAUCCACCUCAAAAGAAGCACUUUUCAGUCAAGCUGCAGACCUUUUUUGAGACAUUCUUGGGAAGCAGUUCCCCUCAGCAAGCCCUGGAUAACAUGAAAGAAGCAAUAAGCAAACUCCUAUUGAUAACUGAGGUUUUUAGAGAAGCACCUUCAUCUGGACCAAAGGCCUUCAGCCAAUGCAGUUCCUGCUUUCAGAUGCUCACCUUUGACAUUGGGUUCACCCACUCUAUGGACCCAGUUGUCCUUGAGGUACAUGAACAUUUUGACUUUCAAGCUGAUGAAGAGUCGAAUUUUCAGGACCAAACUGUUAAAGAAACCCUUCUUGGAGAUACUUUUAGAAUUCUCCUAUCAAAUCUAUCUUCUUCCUCUAUUUUCUUUGAUGCUUUACAGGGUGUAUACCGGUCAGCAGGAAUUAAGGAUGAGCAUCACCAAAAGGAAUCUGAUCAUUGUCUAACUUUAGAAGAACUAAAUCAGUUUAUCCAUUUUGUGAAAGAGUUACAGAAUAUAGGGGAAUAUGAAUUGCUUUUCCCCUCUACUAUUCCCAAGAUCAAUUUUUUGCUUCAUGACCUUUAUCGUAUGGUGAAUCCAGAUGAAAAGCUUGGCUCAGUCCUGGCUGUGCACUGGCUUCUUGCAAAUUUACUUGAGCAGUUACACAUCAUUACCAAAGUGCCACACACAAACCUUCCAAAAGGGACUUCUUACUCAGAGAAGGAUAGCAUUAAAACAAGAUCUUCUACAAUUACAGAAAAACAUCAAGGUUUGCGUUUUUUAAAUCUGGAUAAAGAAAUACCUUGCAGUCAUGAUAAAGAUUCCCUACCUCAUAUCAGGCAGAUCUUCACUAUUCCACGUUUGGACUUAAAUCCUAAUUUUGACCCAAAGAUCAAAGAGUACUACUCUGAAGUCCCAUUUAAUGUGGUAACAAUCAAGAUUAGAGCAGAACCUGCAAAUUGUCACUGUGAAGUUCACUUGGAUGAGAAGAAAGGACCAAGUGUUGCCAAUUAUCCUCUUGGACUAGGAAUCAACAGAAUAAAUAUUCUGAUAACAGAUGGAUCUCAAUCACUCCAUGAGGCUGUGAGCAUGUAUAAAUUAAUCAUUUAUCGAGAAGACCGCCCAAGCUUGCCAUUGUUUGAUGACUUUAUGAUGUGCGGCUUUGUGCAGGAUUGUGGCACACUAAUUCAUCCUGAGGAGCCCUGUGGUUUGCAACCUCUCUCUGCUGAAUACUUGUCAGCCAUUUCACAGCCUCAGAUGAAAACGUGUGAAAUGGGUGACACAAAAGGACAAUGGAUUGUGCCUUGUCUUAGUUGUUCUGACAACAGAACUUGUGACUGGAGACAAAUAACAUGGCAGCCACACAAUUGUCAAUAUCCUGUCCUGAACAAACCAGAACUCCAACAAUGUAUAAAAAACAAAAAGGUUCUUUUCAUUGGUGAUUCAACUAACAGAGGGAUGAUGUAUUACCUAAUAGAGAGAGUGAACGAGACCCUUCAAGAAUGGCAAAAGGCUCAUGACAUGAAAUUCUAUCAUAAUGUAAACAACAGGAACACUUUUAUUAGUUAUUCAUAUUACCCCCAGUUUUGGAUCAGUGUAUACCAAAGACCAACCUUUGAAGAAGCUCUAGAGCAGCUACUACUCAGAUCCCAGCCACUAGAGAACACAGGCCAGACUAUAUUAGUUGUUGGUGGUGUCCAAUGGCUCAAUUUCAACCACUUACAUAUUAUUCAAAAAGUGCUGAAGCGAGCAAAUCUCUCAAAUAUCCUGGUAGUGAUAAAAUCCCUGGGAAUGGGCUUUCAUCUGCCUGUGGAUGGAGUGCAUACUUUGUCAUCAGCAGAAGUACAAGACUUGUGGGAUGAAAACCAGGCUAUUUUGAACACUGCAAAGCAAUAUGACUAUGAAGUGGUUGAUACUUUUAUUAUUACUAUGGGACGGUACAAGGAAUUUUUGCAAGGGAAGUGUGUAUGUCAUUUUCAUGAGGUGGUGAAAUCCAAAACAUCUGAAGGAAGUUCUCCCAUGGCAAUGAUGUUAUCAAGGCCCUAUGCUCUGGGCAAGUAUUUCAACAACCAAAGCAACCUGAUGAAACUGCAAGCCUAUGCAUCAAAUUCUCAAUCCCCUUAUCAUGUGAGAGGUCCAAUAAACCAAGUGUAUUCAGAAAUUCUCCUCAGCCGGAUCUGCGCAAAUGACAGGAAGGUUCUUGGAUCGUAACUUUGCUUGGCUGAAAUGUAGAGCUCCAGACUCCCCUCUUUCCCAUGUGGUGAUCCACAGGCCAUACCAGAUUUAUUACACACUUCUCUGAGUGGCUGAACAUCCAGCAUAACUCAAGACAUGUGGCAGUUUCUGCACAGCCUUAUAAAAUCAAGAUGUGUCCACGUAUAUCUGUGGUUUCAGAAUGGGAGACAGAGAAGCACAAGAAAGGGGGAGGGGAGAGAAGUUACUUGAAAUAUUGCCAAAUGUUUAAAGGGUUGUAAGCUAAGUUAAUAGUACAUAUGAUAUGAUAUAUUUUGUAGAGACUGCUCAAGUAGAGGUACAGAUUAGAAUGAUAUAUCACCUGUAAAGAAAAAUCUCAUUCCAUUUUGAAGAGUUGUAUGACAUAGCACAAUAGCAAUAUAAGAAUAUGCACUUAGGAACUGGCAUCACAUUUUUACCUAUAGAAUCAGAUUUGAACAUCUAACAUUUGCACUUAGGGAAUGAUGGCAACAGCUCCUGUCGUUCUAAGGGCCAAGGCAGAUAUGGCAUGGGAGUUCCAUGACUGGAGAUCCUGACAUCAUUUUCCUGUUCAAAGCAUCCUGUAGGGAGUCUGCUUUAGAUCAGAGCUGCAAUUUAACCUCUUCCCCCCUCAUUGCAGCACUAAUUAAAAUCACACAUCCCACAGCUGCUUUUUGAACAAAAAAAUGACGUUGGACCCUCUAAUCACGUCAUGUCUAGUUUGGCCCUAAAUACCUUGUUUCCUACCUCUUUGUCCUUUGCCGUUCCUGUGCUGCACGUUGUGUGUUUAUUGGGCAUACAUGCGCCCUCUCCUUCUCCCAGUUUAUGAACAAUUCUUGGGCAUGAGAUCUGGCCUUCUACAAAUACCUGCAGGUGUGCACCCUUACAGAAGCAGCUCAUUUUAUUAGGUGUUUACAACAAAUAAAAUUGAGAGAGUUGCCACAUUUGGAUUGCAGAAUAGCUAAUAGCUAAGUUUUACCUAAAACCAUCUGGUGAGUUAGUGCCUGAUACAUGAUUUGAACUUGGGACUUUUUUCUAGCCCACUGUCUUAACUACAACAAUACAUCAGCUGUCUGUUUUGCUUCUGAUUAUGGCUUCCUGUGCUAUGUCAGAAGUCAUUCCCAAAGGUCAAAAGCAGCAUGAUGGAUACUAUAGAAACCCAAAAAUUACAUGCAAAGCUCAUUGAGCUGACCUUUGGAUCCCUGCCAUGACUCGGCAGCUGCACAGUUAGUGUGAAGAAUUUCUCUUAGAAUUUUGUAAAUCUCCAACUGGUAGUCUUCGCUCAUCCUGCCAGUUUCCUCAUAUCCCUGUGAUGGCCUCAAAAUUUGCACAUAUAAUAACCCUGUCCUAGCAUAGUUCAUUGCAUUCUAGACUAGAGUGCAUGCUCAGCAUUUUUCUCUCUCUGCCUAGAUAUUUUUAGUGGCUUUACAAAAACAAAUAUGUAUUUAUCUCAGAAAUAAUUCAUAACAUUGACUCCAACGUGAAGGAUGCUGUGGUGGUGCCAAAGGUUUGCUUGAAAGGAUACCAGGCCUGCUUUAGUGGACAGUCUUAAAAAUCACUGCCUUUUCUUUUAUCUUUAUAUUUCUGGAUAUUAUUCUUUAUAUUCUGAUUGGGUUAAGAUUUUUCUUUUCUACAUGGUUUCCAUGUGCUAGAUUUUCUUGCAGUGGAAGCAAAAACGUAAAGAUGGUUGCCUGUAUAAAUAUGUUUAUAUUAAUAGUAAUGUUAAAGUGGGACUCGGGUUACUUUAAAAAAAGAUGAAUUCUGUUUGUAUUACAGUUCAUGCUGGCAAAUGUGCAAUGCAAUUUCUGCAUAAUCAUCAUUAUGUGGUUUUCCUAUGCUGUAGUUCAUUGUGUUUAAUACUUCUCAGAUGUUGCUGUUUUGAAAGCAACCCAUGUUAUAUUUUUAUACAUAUAUUUUUAUAUAAAGUUAUCACGAUAACA